CUGACAUCUGGACGGCACUCUCUCUAAUCGCGUUUAACGCUUUUGUUUCCGACUGAAAAGUGUUCUGGUGUGCCGCUCUCCCUCACUUACGAGAGUGAUGGCUGGCGGCGCCGUGAGCUCAGCGAGGAAGGGCAUCUCGUGCCCGACUCAAGACCCGAACUGCACGCGCAUCGUGGAAAGCCUCUCCUUGUCCUUGUGGAACAACUCCGUGAUGAGCGCGUACAGGCUGGUAGAUUUACCCCCCACGACCACAUCCGUUGCCAUGGUAGAAGAGUCAGUUUACCCUUUCCCAACAGUGGAUGUGCCUGAUCAUGCUCAUUACACUAUUGGUGCUGUCAUCCUUGCUGUUGGCAUCACUGGCAUGCUGGGCAACUUCCUGGUCAUCUAUGCAUUUAGCAGGAGCCGGACCCUGAGGACACCUGCCAACUUGUUUAUAAUAAACCUGGCCCUCACGGACUUCCUCAUGUGUGUCACCCAGGCGCCCAUCUUUUUCACCACCAGCAUGCACAAGAGAUGGAUCUUUGGGGAGAAAGGUUGUGAGUUGUAUGCAUUCUGUGGGGCUUUAUUUGGCAUCUGCUCCAUGAUCACACUCAUGGUCAUCGCAGUGGAUCGAUACUUCGUGAUCACGCGGCCGCUAGCCUCUAUUGGUGUGCUGUCUCAGAAGAGAGCUCUGCUGAUCCUUCUCAUAGCCUGGGCCUAUUCUCUUGGUUGGAGCCUUCCACCCUUCUUUGGAUGGAGUGCUUAUGUUCCUGAAGGGCUGUUGACCUCUUGCACCUGGGAUUAUAUGACCUUUACACCCUCCGUGCGAGCUUACACUAUGCUUCUCUUCACCUUCGUCUUCUUCAUUCCACUUAUCGUCAUCAUCUAUUGCUAUUUCUUUAUUUUCCGAUCCAUUCGCAGCACUAAUGAAGCUGUGGGCAAAAUUAAUGGAGAUAACAAGAGAGACACAAUUAAACGAUUCCAACGACUGAAAAGUGACUGGAAGAUGGCAAAAAUUGCUCUUAUUGUCAUUCUCAUGUAUGUCAUCUCCUGGUCUCCAUAUUCAACUGUGGCACUGACAGCCUUUGCUGGGUAUUCUGAUAUGCUUACACCAUAUAUGAAUUCAGUUCCUGCUGUGAUAGCCAAAGCCUCAGCCAUCCACAAUCCCAUCAUCUAUGCCAUCACACACCCUAAAUACAGGUUGGCCAUAGCGAAAUACAUUCCGUGUCUCCGUGUGCUGUUGUGCGUCCCGAAGCGUGACCUCCACUCGUUCAACAGCAGCUUAAUGUCCACACGUCGUUCCACCGUCACAAGCCAGUCCUCUGAUAUGUCCGGACAGUUCCGCAGAACCAGCAAUGGCAAGUCCCGGCUCUCCUCAGCCUCCGACAGCGAAUCUGGCUGGACAGACACUGAGGCUGAUCUCUUGAGUUUGAGCUCCAGGCCUGCAAGCCGACAGGUGUCUUGUGACAUCAGCAAGGACACUGCGGAGAUCCCAGACUUCAAACCAUGCAACUCAUCCAGCUUCAAGUCUAAGGUCAAAAGCCGUGACUCGGGCAUCUUUGAAAAGGUGACCUCACAGGCUGAAUGUAUUCCAUAUGUGAGCUCCUCUGAUGUGGAUGAUGUGUCUGUGGUCGGACUCCUUCAACCUGAUCGUACUUUUCCUUUAGCUGCUGGUGACAUGACAGACAUGCCAGUUUCAAGAGGUGCGAUUGGUCGGAUUCCCAGCAUUUUCAUCACCUCUGAGUUUAGCUCUUUCCAGCCCUCAGUACGGCCCAGCUACAGAAGCGGCUGCUCAAGUAUGACCAGUGUUGGGGCAAAUCUGCCCAGAAGAGACUCUAUUGGAGUUGUCCAGCAGGGGGCAGUGCUUCUCUCCAUUGCUGCUGAAACACCUGAGGCCACUCAUUUAGACCACCCUUGCCCCAAACAUACCUAGUGUUUAUACCACUCGCCAGCUUACCUUUUAGCAUU